AUGGAUAAGCGUUAUCGUCCUUAUGAUCCUUUCAUUAUUGCAAAAAAUGCAAGGCAAGUGUAUUAUGUCCCAUAUCCAGAAAUGUGUAGAGAUAUGCGUGAGUUGUGUGCGGCAAUCACCACAAAACCAAGGGGUCAUGUGAUGAUUGAUAACAUAGAGGAUGAAAUGCCAUAUCAGUCUGAUGGGAUGUUACCUGUUCUACCCACUAUUGAAAUUGAAUCAAUAUUUUGUUUGCGUGACGACACACAAGUAGAUGUGUUUGAAGAGAUUUUUGAUACGUAG